CUCCUGUCCAGCAGUUGGCAGCAGCUCUGUACGGCUGCAUCAGUGUGACUCAUCGGGAUGAUGGGAUGUUUGUGAGUCAAAGUCCAGCGGUGUGUGUCAGUGUGUUUUAGUGUGUGUGACGGGACCAACAUGGAGGAGCAGAAGAAGAUUCUGUGUGUCGGUCUGGUGUGUCUUGACAUCAUCAACGUCGUCGACAAAUACCCUGAAGAAGACACUGACAGCAGGUUAGCAUUCAGGCUAAUGCUAAUACAGGCUAACAUCAACACUGACUGCAGGUGUCUGUCGCAGCGAUGGCAGCGAGGAGGGAACGCCUCCAACUCCUGCACGGUUCUGUCGCUGCUCGGAGCUCCCUGCGCCUUCAUGGGCUCGCUGUCCGCCGGACCGGUAGCUGAUUUUGUUUUGGAGGAUUUUCAGAAGUCCUGCAUUGAUGUGUCGCUGGUUUCUGAGCAUGCUCAGUGUGUCCUUCCAGCCUCCGUGGUCAUCAGCAACAUCAGCACAGGAAGCCGGACCAUCCUGCACAUGAACAGGUUCAUCAUGGCCGACUUCUCGCGGUGUUCGGUCGACGCCUCUCCAGUGGUUUGGCAGCUGGAAGGUCUGACUCCAUGUGCAUGUUGUUUGGUCUGUCCGUUCAACGGGACUCGAACCGUCGUUCUGUCUGAUAUGAACCUUCCUGAUGUCACAGCGGAGGAUUUCUCCAAAGUGAACCUCAGUCAGUUCAGGUGGAUUCACUGGGAGGGCCGGAACGCUGACGAACAGGUGAAGAUGAUCCAGCAGGUGGAGAUGCACAACAGCAGGUUGCCACAGCAACAGAGGAUCACUGUCUCAGUGGAGAUUGAGAAGAUCAGAGAGCCGCUGUACCAGCUGUUUCCACAUGGCGACGUGGUGUUUGUCAGUAAAGACGUCGCUCGACAUUUUGGCUUCCAGUCAGCUGAAGCUGCUCUCAGAGGAUUCUACCCUCGAGUGAGACAGGGGGCUGUCCUGAUCUGUGCCUGGGCAGAAAAAGGAGCGUCUGCUUUGGGUCCUGAUGGUUUUUUCCAUUCAGACGCUUUUCCUCCACCCAGUCUUGUCGACACUCUGGGAGCCGGAGACACUUUCAACGCUGCGGUGAUCUACACGCUGUCCCACGGCGGGACUGUACAGGAAGCUCUGACCUUCGGCUGCAGAGUCGCCGGCGCCAAGUGUGGUUUCCAUGGUUACGACGGCAUCGCCGAAAAGUUUUCCAACAAGUGACCAAAGAGUUAGAAACUGGUUUGUUAGUUUGAGGUUAGAAAAGGAGAAAAAACAGGAUUUCUUUCAGCACUCAGAUGAAUUUUAUUUAAUUUUCAGUUUGAAAAGUGAACUUUGAUUAAAAACUGUGACUGAUGUGUUGAUUAACACGAGGAGGAGCAAAGUGUUUACAACGAUUCACUGCUGAUCAAUAAGUGAUUAUUAGUUAGCUGGUUGAUCAUUAGUAUGAACUCAUAGUGAUGUAACCUGAUAAUAAACUAAUUAAAGCUGCUAAAUGAAGUGACUUUUGGUUCAAAUGUUUUCUGUUUUUUUUAACUGAUAGAAAUAAAAUCUGAUCAACGAA